AUGGCGACUGGCCAACUUUUUUCGAAAACUACCCAAGCACUAUUCUACAACUACAAGCAACUUCCCAUCCAACGGAUGCUUGAUUUUGACUUCCUCUGUGGGAGAGAAACACCUUCUGUUGCUGGAAUAAUCAAUCCUGGUUCUGACGGUUUUCAGAAACUUUUCUUUGGACAAGAGGAAAUUGCUAUUCCAGUUCAUCCUACAAUUGAAGCUGCCUGCAAUGCACACCCAACUGCUGAUGUAUUUAUCAACUUUGCAUCCUUCCGGAGUGCUGCUGCCUCUUCAAUGUCAGCUUUGAAGCAGCCAACAAUAAGGGUUGUAGCCAUUAUCGCUGAGGGUGUUCCUGAAUCAGAUGCAAAGCAGCUAAUUAGUUAUGCACGUGCUAAUAACAAGGUCAUCAUUGGACCUGCAACAGUUGGAGGAAUUCAAGCUGGUGCUUUCAAGAUUGGUGAUACCGCUGGAACCAUUGACAACAUAAUUCAGUGCAAGCUUUACAGGCCUGGAUCUGUUGGUUUUGUGUCUAAAUCGGGUGGCAUGUCAAAUGAGAUGUACAACACCAUUGCCAGAGUGACCGAUGGUAUUUAUGAAGGAAUUGCAAUUGGAGGGGAUGUUUUCCCUGGAUCAACUCUGUCAGACCACAUUCUGCGUUUUAAUAACAUACCACAGGUUAAAAUGAUGGUGGUUCUUGGGGAGCUUGGUGGAAAAGACGAGUAUUCACUUGUCGAUGCAUUGAAACAAGGAAAGGUUCAGAAACCAGUCGUUGCAUGGGUUAGUGGGACAUGUGCACGUCUAUUCAAAUCAGAAGUGCAGUUUGGUCAUGCUGGUGCCAAGAGUGGUGGUGAGUUGGAAUCAGCACAAGCUAAGAAUCAGGCACUAAGGGAAGCUGGUGCAAUUGUGCCUACUUCAUAUGAAGCUCUAGAAAGUGCAAUUAAGGAGGCAUUUGACAAACUGGUUGAGGAAGGAAAAAUUUCUCCUGUGACUGAAUUUACACCUCCGUCCAUUCCUGAGGACCUUAAAACCGCAAUCAAGAGUGGGAAGGUCCGAGCUCCUACCCACAUCAUCUCCACUAUCUCUGAUGACAGAGGUGAGGAACCAUGCUAUGCUGGUGUCCCUAUGUCUACAAUUGUUGAACAGGGUUAUGGAGUUGGUGAUGUUAUCUCUCUUUUGUGGUUCAAGCGCAGCCUUCCUCGCUAUUGCACUCAGUUUAUUGAGAUAUGCAUCAUGCUUUGUGCCGACCAUGGUCCCUGUGUAUCUGGUGCUCAUAACUCUAUAGUUACUGCUAGGGCUGGAAAGGACCUUGUUUCCAGCUUGGUGUCCGGAUUAUUGACAAUUGGUCCCCGUUUCGGUGGAGCAAUUGAUGAUGCGGCCCGAUACUUCAAAGAUGCAUAUGACAGGAACCUCACGCCAUACGAGUUUGUUGAAGGCAUGAAAAAGAAGGGAAUCCGUGUGCCUGGGAUUGGUCACAGGAUUAAGAGCAGAGACAACAGGGAUAAGCGUGUGCAGCUUCUACAAAAAUAUGCUCACACACAUUUCCCUUCAGUCAAGUACAUGGAAUACGCCUCUCAGGUUGAGACCUACACCUUGUCAAAAGCCAACAAUUUGGUCCUGAAUGUCGAUGGUGCGAUCGGGUCACUUUUCUUGGAUCUUCUGUCUGGAAGUGGAAUGUUCACCAAACAGGAGAUCGAUGAGAUUGUGGAAAUUGGUUAUCUUAAUGGGCUCUUUGUGCUUGCACGUUCAAUUGGCCUGAUCGGGCACACCUUCGACCAGAAGAGGCUUAAGCAGCCGCUCUACCGUCACCCAUGGGAGGAUGUCCUGUACACCAAGUGA